GGGGCAUACCAAUCUUCUCUCUACAAAGAAGCCCCAACAGCUCUGCUGUUUAUGCAAAAAAGAAAAAAAAAAGAAAAAAAAGUUUAAACACCCAAAAGAUUUUUUUCUCCUUUUUUUUCCCUUUUUCAAUAAGUUGUUUAUUCACCGUCCAAGAUGUCUGGUGACGACGGUGGAAAGAAGACAAUUGCGAUCGUGAGCGUUUGCGCUCUGGUCGUUGUGGCGAUGGUGGUGGCCGUCGUAGUCACCAACUCUAAAAGCGCUGCUCCGUCCGGUGGCGAAAUUACAACUUCGACAAAAGCAAUCAAAGCAAUAUGUCAACCCACUGAUUACAAAGAAAUUUGUGAAGAAAGCCUUACUAAGGAGGGAGUAACCAGUACGGACCCAAAAGAGCUGGUCAAGUCGGCGUUCAAAAUCGCCACGGAUUACGUAAACGGGGCGAUUCAAAACUCCACGACUCUGAAAGAGCUGGCCAAAGAUCCACGAGCCAACCAAGCCUUACAAAAUUGCCGCGAGCUCCUUGAGUUCGCCAUUGACGACAUCAAAGAGUCGUUUGAAAGAAUCGGCACAUUCCAAAUGGGCGAAGUCAAAACGUUCGUUGAGGAUUUGAAAGUGUGGCUCAGUGGUGCAAUGACGUACGAGGACACUUGUUUGGACGGAUUCGAGAACACCACCGGCGAGGCGGGUGAGAAGAUGAAGCAGUUUUUGAAGUCGUCUCAGCAAUUGACCAGUAAUGGUUUAGCCAUGGUCACCGAAUUGUCCAAAACUUUGGGAGAUCUUCAGCUUCCCACAUUGGGCCGACGGCUCAUGGGCGAGGACGACAUCCCAGAAUGGGUCAGCGACACCAAUAGGCGGCUAUUGCAGGCUGGGCCACCUGCAGUUAAGCCCAACGUGGUGGUGGCGCAAGACGGAAGUGGGAAAUACAAAACCAUCAACGAGGCUUUGGCUGAAAUUCCUAAAAAGAGUAACAUCACCUUUGUGAUCCAUGUCAAGGCCGGUAUUUACAAGGAAACUGUUGUCAUUACGAAGGCUAUGACCCACGUCACCAUGUACGGAGAUGGCCCCACCAAAACCGUCGUCACCGGUAGCCUCAACUACAUUGACGGUGUUCAAACUUUCAAGACUGCCACAUUUGCUGCCAUCGGGGCCAACUUCUUCGCGAGAGACAUGGGUUUCGAGAACUCGGCGGGGCCAACUAAGCACCAGGCCGUGGCGCUGCGAGUCCAAUCCGACAGAUCGAUCUUCUACAAUUGUCGAAUGGACGGAUACCAAGACACAUUGUACGCGCAGACCCACCGUCAGUUCUACCGUGAUUGUGUCAUCACUGGCACCAUUGACUUCGUGUUCGGAAACUCUGCGGCCGUCUUCCAAAACUGUCAGCUGGUGGUCCGAAAGCCAAUGGACAACCAACAGUGCAUCGUGACGGCUCAAGGUAGGCUCGAGGAGCGUGAGCCAACCGCGCUUGUGUUCCAAAGCUGCCACUUCACAUCCGACCCAGCCUACUACCCACAUAGAGCUGUGAACAAGGCCUACUUGGGGAGGCCAUGGAAGGCAUAUUCUCGCACCAUUAUCAUGCAGUCUCAAAUCGAUGACCUAAUCCAACCCGAGGGAUGGCUGCCAUGGAUGGGCACCUUUGGGCUUGACACAUUGUUCUACGCCGAGUUGCAGAAUACUGGACCGGGGUCGGACAAGAGCAAGAGAGUUAAGUGGGCCGGUAUUAAGGAGAUCACACCAGAGCAAGCCCUUGCUUUCACCCCCAAACCCUUCAUCGACGGUGAUGCUUGGAUCAAGGACAAGAGACUCCCCUACUCAUCGAAUAUGAUGUUAGAACGAAGCCGCACUCCAGUACAAUAAAUUUAGACCCUAUAAACGGGGUGAUGACCAAUUUUCCAGUGAUUUAUCUCUUGGGAUUGUGUAUAGUUUUUCAGUUGCACCCCAAUCAUUCAUUCAAUUAAUUUGAUUUAAUUAUAUCUUGUUUCCUCUU